AUGCAUGUGGCAGUUUCACUGCAAACGCUUCAUUGUCUCACAGCGAUCUGAGGUUUGCACAUCUACAAGCUUCUUUUUGGACUUUCCCAACUAGUUCUUCACACAUUUACGCUUUAAAAAAAUCAACACUAAAAAUCAAGAUGUGUGGUAUAUGGGCGCUAUUCGGGAGUGACGUGGAUGUCCACAAGCAUCUUGGGAGUGCGCUCAAGAUAGCUCAUCGUGGUCCCGAUUCGUUCCGGACGGAGAGCAUCCCCAAGUACAACAACUGUUGUCUGUGUUUCCAUCGUCUAGCCAUCGUAGGUAACGUGUUUGGGAUGCAGCCUCUCCGUAUCAACGGCUUUCCUCAUCUCACGCUGCUAUACAACGGAGAGAUCUAUAACUAUAAAAAGCUGAGCGAGGCCUUUGGUUUCCCGAUAGCAAGCAAGAUGGAUGGUGAGAUUCUGCUUCACCUUUACAUCAGGGGUGGUAUAGAGUACGCAGCAUCUAUGGCCGACGGUGUGUUCGCUAUGUGUAUCGUUGAUACAGCUAGUAAACAGGUUCAUAUUGGUCGUGAUACAUACGGGGUGAGGCCUAUGUUCUCUCUUCUCAACGAGGAUGGCUUUAUGGCUAUCAGCUCAGAGGCUAAAGGUCUUCUUGGUUUGAGGCAUGGCUGUGAUGACAGGGAUGUGACCAUUAAGCCUUUCCCUCCUGGUCAUGUUCAGAGCUUCAACCUCCUACCUAGCGGCAAGGUAUCCCCUCUGGAACUCAUCCAGUUCCACUCCUUCGAGCAGACUCCAAAGUGGUCUUCCGUUGAGGGCAGUCUUCAAGUAGAGGGCAGUCUCACACCUACAGAUGAGGACAUUUAUGCCAACAUCCGUGCUCUCUUUACUGAAGCAGUGAGGAAGCGAUUGAUGGGUGAGCGUCGUAUUGGAUGCAUGUUGUCAGGUGGUUUGGAUUCCAGCCUGGUAUCAUCCCUUGUCAUGAAGGCGAUGGUCAAGGAUGGCUUUGACUAUCCUCUUCAGACCUUCUCAAUCGGAAUGAAAGGCAGUCCUGAUGUCGUUGCAGCCAGAAAGGUGGCCUCUCACAUCGGCAGUGAACAUCACGAAAUUGGAUUCACACCAGAAGAGGGCAUCGAAGCGGUUGAACAUGUGAUAAAAUCUUUAGAGAGUUAUGACAUCACAACUCUUCGAGCCUCAGUCGGCAUGUACCUCGUAGCUCAAUACAUCCGUAAGGAGACGGACACCAUCGUCGUCUACUCCGGUGAGGGUGCUGAUUGUCUCGCUCAGGGAUACAUCUAUUUCCACAAGCAACCCGAUGCGUCGGCUGGUGAUGAUGAGAGCAGGAAGCUGCUCAAGGAUCUCUACCUCUAUGAUGUACUCCGUGCAGACAGGACUACUGCUGCUCAUGGACUUGAGCUUCGUUGUCCAUUCCUCGAUCACCACUUCACCUCCUACUUCCUGUCCUUGCCGAAGGAGAUGCGCUGUCCAAACAAAGGCAUCGAGAAAUACCUGUUGCGCAAGGCCUUUGAUGGAACCGGUCUUUUACCGUGUGAGAUCUUAUGGAGACCCAAAGAAGCUUUCAGCGACGGAGUCUCGCCCGUCGAGAAGUCGUGGUACGAGUUCCUGCAGGAGCAUAUUGAAACAAAGGUGACCAACGACCAACUUAAAGACUCUCCCAAACGCUUCCCCUUCAACCCUCCUCCAUCCAAGGAAGCAUACUACUACAGACAGGUCUUUGAGAAAUACUACCCUGGACGGUCUGACUGGAUACCCCAUAUAUGGAUGCCUAAGUGGACCGGGGCGACCGACCCUUCAGCCAGGACUCUCAAACAUUAUAAGGAGUCAGAGGUCAGUGAGAAACAGGACAUGGAGGUCAAGUAGGGGGUCACUACACCAACAUAGCUGACAACCAUUCCUAUUUUGGAGGAAUGAUUCCUAUUUUUCUUUCGUCUUCAAGCUUCUGUUUUAAACCCUAGAUUCGUCUCUUUUUGUGAAAUAUUAUGCAGGAAAAGUAUACAAAAUAUACUGUACUCCUGAAUACAAAAAAAGAAGAGAAAAACAAAAUUGAUUGUGUCCAAGACCAACUCGUUAACCAUGAAAAACACUCUUGCACCAAAUCUUUGACCUUGAUCAACACUGUUUUACCUUUUAUCUGUCACAUCCUAUGUUGUGUUAUUUAUCAUUGAUAAUUAAUUAAAUAGCGGUAGAUAAAUUGAGGAAUAAAUGAAACAAAAUUAAGCAUCUUUUCGAGAGAAAGAAAUGGAACGGAAUAGAUAAAUAUAUGAAGA